CUUGAUCUCAACACUUGGUACCAUGAGGUUGACAUGAGUGGAUUUGGGAACCGCGAAUUUGAGAUGAUGACAUCCUCAGAGAAUAAUUCUUACGUUAAAGAUGGCAUUCUGUACAUUGUCCCGACCCUCACCUCGGACGUCAUUGGCAAGGACGCAAUUUUCAAUGAUCAUACGUACAACCUCACCGGAUGUACGAAUGGGAAUCUCACCCAUUGCAGUGCAGUGUCGAAUGCCACCAUGAAAAGCGUCAUUAACCCGGUCCAGAGUGCACGUCUUACGACAAAGUACAGUCAUGCCAUCCAAUAUGGUCGUGUUGAGAUCCGCGCUCGCUUGCCUAGGGGUGAUUGGAUUUGGCCUGCAAUCUGGAUGCUUCCUGUCGAUAAUGAAUAUGGUCCAUGGCCAGUUAGCGGGGAAAUUGACCUUAUGGAAUCCCGCGGCAAUGAUCUCGAUUAUCCUUUCCAGGGACGGAACUACGUCCGUACGUCUCUGAACUGGGGCCCUGUUGACUUCAUCAACGCAGUCGACAAAACGCAUGGCUGGUUCACUGGAAGGCGUACCGACUUCUCGGACGAUUUCCACACGUUUGUUCUCGAAUGGUCUGACACGUUCUUGAGGUCUUAUGUGGACACGCCCCUGCAUCCUAUGUUUAAUAUCCGAUUUGACAAGCCUUUCUUCGACCGAGUCGACUUCCCGAAAACAGCAUUGAAUAAUACAGAGGAAAUUGUUAUCAGGGACCCAUGGGCACAUAGGGGCAACUCUGCACCUUUUGACAGGCCAUUCUAUCUCAUCCUGAAUGUCGCCGUUGGCGGCAGGAACGGCUGGUUCCCUGAUACCCUUGGUGGGAAAAUGUGGUUCGAUAGCUCAAACGACGCUAUGCACGACUUUGCAAAAGCACAAGAGGCUUGGUAUUCCACAUGGCCCCAGGACCCCACUCGUCGUGGCAUGGCUAUUGACUACGUGAAAAUGUGGCAGAAGUGUUGA